AACGCCAGGAAAAGCGAGAGUUUGUAAACAAAAGCAAAGCAGAUCGUGCGUACGAAACAUUCCGCGAUUUUUAAUCGAAAAGUCUAGUAAAAACCCGCAACAAAACAGUUUUCCGGCAUGAGCUCCAAAAACUCGGCGCUUGCAUCGCUAACUGCCACCUACACGGACUCGGAAAAUGAGGGCGAUCGUCAUUCGGACGAUGAUUCACCACAGUCGGAAGGCGGUAGUUCCGUCUCACAGAUUCGCUCCCGCCAACAAACACCGCUCCGGGACAUGUCCGAAAGCUCGGGCACACCCGUCACGCAGACCAACACCGCCAGCCUUCCUCCGUUCAAAUCGGCCGAACCGAGCGGCGCCAGUGACAACGGAACGCCAGGGCCACCGCGCAAGAAAGCACUCCGGCUGGUGAGCUACAUCGACGAUACGAUUGUCGACACGGACGAGGACAACAACUCACCGGAGCGGAGCGAACACGAGGAAGCACCAGAAUCGGAACACGAGCCCGAACCGGAACGGAGCCCCUCCCCCGAAAAGGUGGACCGGGCAAAGCUAUACGGCUUUAGUCUACCACCCGAACCGAAAGGUCGCUGCUCGCAGGAGCUGCAGGACAAGAUUGCCGCCCUGUACGAACGGAUGAAAAACUCCAACAUGGACACGAACCGCAUCAUCCAGGAGCGCAAAGAGUUCCGCAAUCCGAGCAUCUACGAGAAGCUGAUCCACUUCUGCGACAUCAACGAGCUCGGGACGAACUAUGCGCCGGAAAUAUUCGACCCAUCCCAGUGGGGCAAGGAAUCGUACUACGAGGAGCUGGCGAAAGCGCAGAAGGUCGAGAUGGAGAAGGUGGAAAAGGCACGGAAGGAGGCGACCAAGACGGAAAUACAGACCGGCGUGAAGCGGGUCGAUCCGGACGAGUCGAAGAAGCGCAAAUCCAAAUGGGACCAACCGGGCGUGCUGGGAGCGGCGCCCGGUAUGCUCGGUGCGGCCGCGGCUGUCGCGAUGGCGAACGCACUGAAGCCCGCGGGCAUUAUACAGCAGACCCUCACAACGACGGCCACCGGGACGAAGGGCACGGUUAUAUCGGCGUUCGGUUCCCUUCCAAAGAAGCCCAAGGUGUAGUGGUCGUAAGUCGUUCGUCGCGCGGUGGUUAAAACAAAUAGGACAAAUAAAUGUAAGUUAAUUUCAAACAAACAAACAAAAAGUCAACAUUUCGGAUCGAAUAUCACGUACUGUAGCAGAACAACUAUUAUUAAAACCAGCUAUUUAUUCGUUUCAGUUGCAUAAAAUCAAUUACAUUCGUAUUACAAAGAGAGAUAGGGGAGUUUCUUAAGCUAAAACAUUCAUUUUGCGCUCCGUUUCGUUAAGUAACAAAAGCCAAAGGCAAUCCUCUAAUCCUAAUCCUCUGCUUUCGUUCCGGUCUUUGAGCCAGCACUGUACACGGCUCCAAAGCACACGUGGUUCGAAAUGAUGAGCAACUUCAGGCAUAUUUUCUUUUGCUAAAUCUUACUAAGUACAGGAAACAAUAUUUUUCUCUCUCUCUCUCACUACUCCUGUCUUUCACCUCUCCGUUAAACUUUGCAGCAUUGGCUACGGUUUAAAUUACAUUGAAAAAACAAAAAAACUAUUCUCAAAAUAUGUUUUAAAACUAAAAUUGCAUAUCUUAAGGCUACAUAAUAAUAAUAAUAUUACCAACAAUAGGCAAGACGACAAAACGAUAACAGAAAGGGUGAAAGAGAACUGCGAUAAUAGCGUACAAAAACAAAAACAAAACAACAGGAAACUAACGAAGCUCUGUUGCUUCGAAAAAGCUACAAACACACAAGUUGAAUAAAUAUUUGUGUAAUAUGAUAAGAA